UCCCGGCGGCUGGCCGGCCCUCCCUCCCUCCUUCCUUCCCUCUUCCCUUCCCUCCCUCUCUCUCCCCCCUUCCUUCCCUCCCUCCUUCCUUCCUUCCCUUCCCCUCCACUCCUCUGCCGGCACAGUGUCGCGUAAACCUGUUUGGUGAGGCGCCCGCCUGAAGGCGCAGGGUCGGACCGCGCUCGCGGCUGCUGCGUUGGGGGGGCCCGAUUCUCACUCCUUGGCUCCCGGGAGCCCCCCUGUCCAGGGACAGACAUGUAUUCGGGAGCAGGACCCGCGCUUACGGCUCCUCCAACACCACCCUCACCAAUGCAAGCAACAUACACUUUUAAGCCUCCACCUAGACCGGACUUUGGGACUUCUGGGAGAACAAUCAAGCUACAGGCUAAUUUCUUUGAAAUGGACAUUCCAAAAAUUGACAUCUAUCAUUAUGAAUUAGAUAUCAAGCCGGAGAAAUGCCCUAGAAGAGUUAACAGAGAAAUAGUGGAGCAUAUGGUCCAGCACUUUAAAACACAGAUCUUUGGGGAUCGUAAACCAGUAUUUGAUGGAAGAAAAAACCUCUAUACAGCAAUGCCUCUUCCCAUUGGGAGGGAUAAAGUGGAAUUGGAGGUCACGUUGCCUGGAGAAGGAAAAGACAGGAUAUUUAAGGUGGCCAUAAAGUGGAUGUCAUGUGUGAGUCUCCAAGCUUUGCAUGACGCGCUCUCUGGUCGCCUGCCGAGUGUCCCUUUUGAAACCAUCCAGGCAUUGGAUGUAGUGAUGAGGCAUUUGCCAUCCAUGAGAUACACACCUGUGGGGCGAUCAUUUUUUACUGCAUCAGAGGGAUGCUCAAACCCUCUUGGUGGGGGAAGGGAAGUUUGGUUUGGAUUCCAUCAAUCAGUCCGACCUUCACUUUGGAAAAUGAUGUUGAACAUUGAUGUUUCAGCAACAGCCUUUUACAAGGCACAGCCAGUAAUUGAAUUUGUUUGUGAAGUUUUGGAUUUCAAAAGUAUUGAAGAGCAACAGAAACCUCUGACAGAUUCCCAAAGGGUAAAGUUUACCAAAGAAAUCAAAGGUCUAAAGGUAGAGAUAACACACUGUGGGCAGAUGAAGAGAAAGUACCGUGUGUGUAAUGUCACCAGACGACCAGCAAGUCACCAAACAUUCCCACUUCAGCAAGAGAGUGGCCAGACUGUUGAAUGUACGGUGGCACAGUAUUUUAAAGACAGACAUAAGUUGGUUCUACGUUAUCCUCACCUUCCAUGUUUACAAGUUGGACAGGAGCAAAAACAUACAUACCUGCCCCUUGAGGUAUGCAACAUAGUGGCAGGACAGAGAUGUAUAAAGAAACUGACUGACAAUCAAACCUCUACUAUGAUACGGGCAACUGCAAGAUCAGCACCUGAUCGGCAAGAAGAGAUCAGCAAAUUGAUGCGAAGUGCAAGUUUCAACACAGACCCUUAUGUUCGUGAGUUUGGCAUAAUGGUUAAAGAUGAAAUGACAGAUGUCACUGGCCGGGUCUUGCAGCCACCAUCAAUCCUCUAUGGGGGCAGGAAUAAAGCAAUUGCUACACCUGUCCAGGGGGUUUGGGAUAUGAGGAAUAAGCAGUUCCACACUGGAAUUGAAAUCAAGGUCUGGGCAAUUGCUUGCUUUGCCCCUCAACGGCAGUGUACUGAAGUCCAUCUUAAGUCCUUCACAGAACAACUCAGGAAGAUUUCAAGAGAUGCAGGAAUGCCAAUCCAGGGUCAGCCAUGUUUCUGCAAAUAUGCCCAAGGAGCUGAUAGUGUCGAACCUAUGUUCAGGCACCUAAAGAAUACAUAUGCUGGACUGCAGCUAGUAGUGGUCAUUCUUCCUGGCAAAACCCCUGUUUAUGCGGAAGUAAAACGUGUUGGGGACACCGUGCUUGGCAUGGCCACACAGUGUGUUCAGAUGAAAAAUGUACAGAGAACCACACCACAGACACUGUCAAAUCUUUGUUUAAAGAUCAAUGUCAAGCUAGGAGGAGUGAACAACAUCUUACUGCCCCAGGGAAGGCCUCCAGUAUUUCAACAGCCUGUUAUCUUUCUGGGUGCAGAUGUCACUCACCCCCCAGCAGGAGAUGGGAAAAAGCCUUCUAUUGCUGCAGUUGUAGGGAGCAUGGAUGCCCAUCCCAAUCGUUACUGUGCAACUGUGCGAGUUCAGCAGCACCGACAAGAGAUCAUCCAAGAUUUGGCUGCAAUGGUCCGAGAGCUCCUUAUUCAGUUCUAUAAGUCAACACGCUUCAAACCAACUCGCAUCAUUUUCUAUAGAGAUGGUGUUUCUGAGGGACAGUUUCAACAGGUUCUUCAUCAUGAGCUGUUGGCCAUCCGAGAGGCGUGCAUUAAACUAGAAAAAGACUACCAGCCUGGAAUUACAUUUAUAGUUUCAGAAAGGCACCACACCAGACUUUUCUGUACUGACAAAAAUGAAACGGGUAAGUUCAGGCCUUCACACUAUCAUGUCCUUUGGGACGACAAUCGUUUUUCUUCAGAUGAACUACAGAUUUUGACUUAUCAACUGUGUCAUACUUAUGUGCGCUGUACACGUUCUGUCUCUAUCCCUGCACCAGCCUACUAUGCGCACCUGGUGGCCUUCAGGGCCAGGUAUCAUCUGGUGGAUAAAGAACAUGAUAGUGCCGAAGGAAGCCACACGUCUGGUCAGAGUAAUGGCAGAGACCACCAAGCACUUGCGAAAGCAGUACAGGUUCAUCAGGACACACUGCGUACCAUGUACUUUGCUUAACAUGUUUUAGUGUUUAGCGAUUUAGUACAGAGUUGGAUUCACAUGAGACCAGCUACACUCAGACCAACUGUUGCCCAGCCCUCCCAUGACAGCCAGCAAGGAGCAGGAUGCAUCUAGGUUCUUUUCCAUGUGCAAGAAAGAAAGCCGUCCCUGAAUUAAGACUUGGAUUUUGAGCUGCAGACCUGUAAAACUCCCUUCCCCCUGCCCUCAGAUCUUUCACCCCAUCACACCCCUGCCACUGUUGGAAAUGUGGUUUGCCAAAAUCUAUAGGCUGCUUUUCAGAAUACAGACCCAAGUUUCUUCAAAUUAAUUCACGAGCUAUUAUCUCAGGGCUUUAAAAACAAACAAAAACCACACACAAACAGACUUUAUUUUACCUGUCACUCAAUUUACUUGUGAACAAUCUGAUGCUCCACAAAAUUGAUGGGAUUCGAACGCUGUGACUUUCCUUAAAGAGUACAAAGGAACAAAAACACAAAACACUAUUCUGGUUUUAAAGCCUUGACUAUUCCGUGUGCAUCCACUAGUUUUAAUUUCCAAAGCAAACUAGUUUGCUCCCAUUGUAACUUAUAACCAACUUUCUACUAAGCAAAUGGCAGUUUUAUUUUCUGAGCUUUGUUCUCCAAUGCCUCCUUUUCUCCUGCGUUAUUGAUGUUUUUAUCAAAUUAAAAAUAUGAGACUCUUGCCGGAAAUAGGACAUGUUGAAAACUUUUAAGAGGUCCGAGCAAUUGGCAGAUUAAGUGCCAUUUUAAUAAAAUUUUGUAGGAAAAAAAAAAAAAAGAAAAAAAGUACAGCUAGUCAAAAGAUUUGUCCUCUAGGACUGUGAUACUUACUUUCCAAAGUCUCUAAAGAAUACGGGUCUGUAGUGAUAAAUACAGUACAAUCCUUUUUCACUGUUAAGUCUUUAAUGUAAAAAAAAAGAUUAUAUAUGGUUAGCAGUAUUAAUGUGAUAGGUUAGGCGCUGUUAUUUUAUUUGCCAAGGGGUGCUCCUCAUGUUUUCUGUUUAAUAACAUAUCAAGAGCAUUUUGGAUUCUAGAAAUGAAAACCACAUCAUGUGGAUACUAAUGUUUGAGUACAGGAAUAUGCAAUUGACUUUAAUGUGACAGUGAUCAGAGAGGCAUAUAAUUAGUGUGAGAGUUUAACCUACAGUUCCAGAAAUAACAAGUGUGCCCACAACACAGCAAGUGAUGUUGUUUCCAUGAGCAGUUCUGAUGGGCACAUGCCCUCCCUUCUCCAUGGGUUUAAGCACAAAAUGGAAUUUAUUUAUUCUUUUGAUUAUUGGGAAGCCAAAAGAUGAUGAACAGAAAAGCAGUUCUGUUUUCUGGUUUUAUAAUGGAAGUAUCAUGGAAUCUAUGCAGUAAAAUAUAUAGGAAAUCAUUGACUUAUACUUGUGGAGAAAGAUUAAUCUCUCUGUUAUGCAUUAAGUCAAUAGUAAGAGAGAUUUGGCCAUUCUCUUAAGAAAAGCAUUAAAAUUGAUAAGUACGAGGCAUGUAGAUUUCUGUCAAGGUUUGCACACUGGGGUCACUUGCAUUUAUUACAUGUUUAAACCAUUGCACUAAUAGUGAUAUACCAUGGACAGUUUUGAGAGGAUACAAACAAGAACACUGUUUUGUGCUGAUUUACUUUUUUUUUCUGUGCGAUAUUUUAAAGCAACUGAUCCAUGUUAAAUGUGUAGAUGUAGGAGAAAAGUAACCUUUGCUUCUUCACCCAUUAAGCUUUCUCAUUUUGUUCUACCAUUGAACCACAUUUACCUCCAGCCAACAUGGCAGGCAACCAGCUUAUUUGGAGCUAUGGACUGGACUGUGGUGUAGGCUCCUAAGUUCUCUAUAUUUGUUAUUUUACUGGCGAUGAGUUUGGGGGAUUUAACCACACUUCGUUAUAAUGAACACCUUGCCCGUGUUAUUUUGGCUGAAAUAACAAAUGGAUGAGUGUUAUUUACAUAUCUAUGUAGGUAUGUGUGUGUGUGUGUGUGUGUUUGUGUGUAGUAUGUGUGUGCUUAUGUUCUAAUGGCAUUAGUCUUAUCUUGCUGUUUAAGUCAUUCGCUGUAUCAUUUCCAUUUUAUAAAAAAAAAAAAAAUGUUCCAGAAGAUUCUACAGGAAAUGUUGCCAUUCUCCUUCCCUUUUAAUGGUGUGUGGCACUUUACCUAUUUUCAGAAGGGUAAAAAUUCAUUCUUGGCUCAAGUUUUAACCUGAGUUAGAGUCUAAAGAGAAUCCUUUCUUGUACCAAACUAGUGGGAACCAAAAUCAAAUUCAUUUCCCCCUUUUCUGAAAGCACCUGUGGGCUCUAUUGAAGUUUUGUUAGGUUUAGGAAGAAACCUGCUUUUUGUGCUGAUUGGAACUGAAAGGGAAUAUUGAGGGAAGUGGACAACAGAAAGGGGUAUGGGAGAAUGCCUUUCUAAACUAGAAAUACAUUUGUAAUUGCCAAUCAAGCACAGACUCAUAGAGACUUCUAAGAUGUUCCUGUCAGUAUUUCAAAGGGAAGAAUAUUUUCUUAAAUGUGGCCUGAAGAAUUUUGAGAAUUACUCUAUAGGUCUGUGCUAUAAACUGCUUUUGUAAGACUUUUUAAUAUACAAAGCAUUAAUAGACCAAAAUAUCUCCAGUAUGUUUAUAAUCCUUUGGUUUUACAAAAUUAGAAUGGCUCUAACUAGAACAGUCUCUCAGGUAAUAGUUUGUUUUAUAAAAGUUCACCAGUUAGGGUUUGGGGGGGUGGGGGUAUAAAAUUUUUAAAGUAAUUAAUUUCUCCUAUAAACCAUGAAGAAAAAAAAUCUUUAAACUAGCAAUGAAUUUCAUGGCUGUAUAUAGAAUUUUUGGAGAUGAAAUUCAAAAUUAAGACCCUCUUCACAUGGUGGCCAAAAGGUAUUCCUUUCCAAACAGUUAUUUCUGGUUAUGUUUGUACAUAAAAUGCCCCCAAGAUAUUGUGAACAGGUGAACUGUGCUUUACCCAAAGUGGUGUUGCUAGUGAGCACACCCAUCAAUUUCCUUAAAGUGAAUAUUCCCCUGUUCACAUCAUUUGUGGUUCUUUUUUUCACUUGGCAGGGCCCCCUCCUCCCCCCAUUCUGUCUUUGUUUUUUAUUUUUUCCCUGCCUGUCUCAAAUAGGUGUACCUCACUUUAAGUAAACUGGGUAUGUGAACAUCGAUAUAAAAUUCCCAGUGUAUAUAUGAAAGAUAAAGUUUAUCUGAUUGCUUUCAAAAAGGUUUCACAAUAGAAUUCUUUUUACUGUUCACAAUAAGAUUCUUUUUAAGCAUUUGAAAUGUUUUGGUUUACAAGCAUUCUUAUUUACACACAUUAAUGAUGGUGAUACCUCACACUUAUAUAGUGCUUUACAGUUUACAGAAGUGCUUUCACAUCCAUCUCAUUUGAUCCUCACAACAACCUAGUGAGGUCAAUAAGGACAGGUAUUAUUGUACCCAUAUUACAUAUGAAGAAAUUUGUAUCUAUAAAUAGCUGUGUGAAAUGAUUUGCCCAAGGUCACACAGUUAAUAGGUAGUAGAGCCAAACUUAAAGUCCAGGUCUCCUGACUGUAGUGCUUUUUGCAGGAAUGUGUCAUUUCCUAAUGCUGCCUACCACCCAUAGUUAAUGAUCUGUAAACCAAGACUUAAAUAGACUUGGGAAGCCUAUUUAAAGGAGCCAAUUGGGGAUGGGGGACUAAAUUAUUUUGUCAUGCAAAAAUAUUAUCCCUUAUUCAUUUUUGGUAAGCUUGGGUUUCCCUGGUCUAGGUUUUAGAAAGCUAAACUAACUUUUUACAUUUUGGGGAUUAUGAGUUACUUUCUAUCUGAAGGCAUAUUUUUGCAUGUAAAUUUGUGAAUCCAUGGACUUUGGUGUCUCCAUUUUUCCAUCAAAAAUCACAUUGCCUUUAUAUAGUUUUCCCAAACUCACUUUUGAGGGGAAAAUCAAGCAACUUUGUGCUCAAUCAGAACCAUAGGGGCACCCAGAGCUGGAACAAUUUAUAUCAUAGCCUCAAUGUGCACUUUGGUAACAUGGCUUAAAAUCGUGGCCAUCUGGACCCAGCUCUGGCCAGUAAUAAUUACUAAUGUUUACCCAAGCUCUUGAUUAUUCAUAAGAGGCCUGUUAGGUUUUAUUCCUAGAUUUUUAAGGGAAAUCAAAGGUUUUUAAUUAAACACAAAAAGUGCUAUUUGUUUUGAUAUAACAUCCUAAUUUGAUUUGACCAAAGAGUCUAUUCCAUUUCACAGCACCUAAGUUAUUAUAAUAUAAAUUUUUAUCCCAAACUUUAUACUUUAGCUUAGCAUGGGUUUUUUUAACUCCUAUGAAGGGAAACACCAUGAGUAUAAAUUUGCUAGAACCAGAGCACUAAACAGUUACUUUUCUUACCUACAUGGAGUUGUAUAAUUUUUCAUCAAUUUGUAAUGAUUUAAAUUUCCCUUCUGAAAUAAUUACCUGUGCUUGAUCUAAGCAAUGUUAAAUUUAGACCAACUUUUUUUUCCAGUAGAGACAGUGUUACAUUGAGUCCUUUAAGUAUUUGCCAUAGAAUGCUGGAGUUGGAAAGAACUUGGGUCAAACUUCUUAUUUGUCAGAUGAAAAAAUGACCUCAAAGAGGGGAAGUAAUGUGACCAAAAAUCACACUGCAAAUGAGAGGCAGAACCAGAACAAGGGCCUGGGUCUUCUGGUUCCAUGUUUUUCCUACUUACAUCAGUGAGGCUCAGUUAGAUAGUGUCUUGUGCUAAGCACCACGUAAUCUGUAGUUGAUUUCUUACAUUAUCAAAGGAUUUAGAACUGGAAGGAAACUUGUAGAUCAUAUAGUCCAUCUCCCUUCCCUUCUUUCCUCCUUCCUGCCCAGAAUUCUACCCGGGCAAGGGGGGGGGGGUGGGAGGUUGAAACCAUGAGUGAUUGUGACUUUUCCAUAAUCACACCAAUAACAAGUAGCAGAGCCAAAAUUCAAACCUAGGUCUUAUCUCAAAAUCCAGAAUUUCCCCCCCCCCCCACUAUAAUGACCAAGAUCUCCUCACUUCUCAUAGUUUCAGAUCUCUUUGAUGGUAGCAGUGGAUUUUAUAAAUGGGCAUUUCCCUGUGUUUAGCAUAAUUCAGUUAGUGAGUGUAUGUAGAAAAGUUUUGUUACUGACUUAAUACCGAGGGCCAUUCUGGUGCCCUAGACAAGCCAUAAGAAAUUUUUAUGUGAUCUCUUCUGAACUUAUAUCUUUCUCCCACAAGACAAGGAAUGUACAUCAAAUGAAAAUUUCCUUCUCUUUAGGCUACUCCCUUUCAAAAUACAACUUGCAUUUAUAUUUAGGUCCUUCCCAAAGCAAACUGCUCCCUAGUAAUUUCACUGGCUGUUUAGGCUGGCAUAACUUUUUUUUUUCAAUUUAACACUUCUGACUUUUAUAUUGUGGGUGUUUUUUCCUUGUGCCCCAAAAUACACACAUGCUGUCUAUUUUAUAAGCAAACCUUCAACUAAAAAUAAUUGCACUGAUUUUUGGAGAACUUCCUUUUUACUUGUGUCGGAUCUUUGUCACCUGCUGUAGCUGUUUGAAAAAGACUGUAUAUAAUGUUAUGAAUUGCAGAAUUAGAAAUGGUAUCAUUGAUGUACUUUGUUUUUGUGAUACUGCCACAUUUACAGUAUUAAGAUGUUAGAACUGUGUGGGUUAAAAUUCCUUUGUUCUCUCGAAUUUGUCUGGUGACAUUUCAUGAAGGAUGGGUUUAACUUGUUUCUUUAGAAGGAUGUUUUUCAGCCUUCAUUUCUUGGGGGGAGGGUGGCAAUAAGGGUUAAGUGACUUGCCCAAGGUCACACAGCUAGUAAGUGUCAAGUGUCUGAGGCUGGAUUUGAACUCAGGUCCUCCUGAAUCCAGGGCUGGUGCU